AUGCCCACACCGGCGAGAAGCGGUCUUUCGGCUGGGUCACCGCGCGCGAGCUCGUGGCCUGUCAUCAUCACGCAAGCCAUCGACGACCUCUACCGUUCCGUCUCCGCCAGCGAAGAAGGCGAGAAGAAGACCGAGGGCAAGGCAGUCACCGAGAAGAUUGCCCGCCUGAAGUAUGAGGUUCAGCACGACCGUCCUCUGACGCCGAUUGACGACGACGGCCAACCCGACGUCAAGCUCUACAACGAUGAGCUCGCCAGUCUCGGCGAGCCCACCUGGCUGAAUACGCCUUGGCUCUUCUGCGAGUGCUAUCUCUUCCGUCGCAUCAGCACCUACUUUAAGCUCUCGACGCACUGGAAGAACUACGAUGUCUUUGCCCGCCAGAAGAUCAACACAUUCCGAUCGUCCCGCCCCGCUGUCCUCGAGCUCGCCGCCCGCUUCAAGGAGCUCGUGCAGCAGCUCGAAGCCAACGGCAGCGCCACCCAAGACGAGGCGGCCGAGAAGCUCCUCUUCGCCGAGAUAAGCUGCAGGGCAGCGAGGCGCGCAAGGCGUCGGAGAAGCACAUUCUCGCCAACGACCUGCCGGCCGCGUACGCCGUGCUGA